GGCGCGGAAGCUAGGUUCGAUGGCUUGGCGAGGCCUGGCGACCGAGUUCUCGCAGGUGCCCGCGGUGACGCGCGCCUACACCACGGCCUGCGUGCUCACUACAGCCGCCGUGCAGCUGGACCUCCUCAGUCCUUUCCAGCUGUACUUCAACCCCCACCUGGUGUUCCGGAAGUUCCAGGUCUGGAGGCUCGUCACUAGCUUCCUCUUCUUCGGUCACCUGGGAUUCGGCUUCUUGUUCAACAUGCUCUUUGUGUUCCGCUACUGUCGCAUGCUGGAGGAAGGGUCCUUCCGGGGUCGCACAGCCGACUUUGUCUUCAUGUUUUUCUUUGGCGGUGUCCUUAUGACACUGUUGGGACUCCUGGGUAGCCUCUUCUUCCUGGGACAGGCCCUCAUGGCCAUGCUGGUGUACGUGUGGAGCCGACGCAGCCCUCUAGUGAGGGUCAAUUUUUUUGGUUUACUCAACUUCCAGGCGCCAUUCCUGCCUUGGGCUCUCAUGGGCUUCUCACUGCUGCUGGGCAACUCAGUCCUCACAGACCUGCUUGGAAUUGCUGUGGGCCAUGUCUAUUAUUUCCUGGAAGAUGUCUUCCCCAAUCAGCCUGGAGGCAAGAGACUGCUACUGACCCCUGGCUUUCUGAAGCUGCUACUGGAUGCCCCUCAGGAGGACCCCAAUUAUCAGCCUCUUCCAGAGGAGCAGCCAGGACCCCAUCUGCCACCCCCAGAGCAGUGAACGGCUGUGGCUGGCCCAGGUGGCAGGACAUGGGGCGCAGAGAGGGCCAGCAGUGUCCAUGGUGCCCAGCAGAACUCUGCCAGACUGUCCACUCUCAUCCCCAGUCUGCUGGCGCCUCGGGGACAAGUGCUACCAACCCCAGGCCUCUGUGCCCCACCACGCAAACAGACCUCAGGCUGGGGCCAACACCAUGCCCAGCGGACAAGUAUCCUGCCUAGGGGUGCCUUUAAGGUGAUGUCCACCUGACCUGUAUUCUUAACCCACAGCCCCCCCAAGUGGGUCUUCACCUUGUUUCCCAUCAGGUGGCCCCGAGGCCUCAGGCUCAGGUGCAGAGGACCAGGUCUGGAUCCACUGCUCUUCCUGUGAGAAGCUCUGCCCUGGCAGUACCCUGUGCCUGGCAGACCUCUGGGAAGAGUUUUGCCUUUCUGUCUCCCCACAUGCAGUUCCCUGGUCUGUGAGCUGUGAGCAUCAGACAUGGCCAGCUUCCUCUUGGCUCCCUGCCUGUCAAACUAGAGCUUUCUCAAUACUCCGCAGCAUGGGAGUCCCAGCCACAGCUUGUCACUUCCGGGCUGACAAACAAUGGUUGCUGUUGUCUGACCUCAGUUUUGUGGAGAAACCCCGAAGCAGUAGCUCUGCUGCUGUAGAGGCUGGAGGGGCUUAAAGGGAACAGAAACCAGCGGGACAGAGCACCAACCCCCCCCAAACAGGUGACUUACCUGCCACGCCUGCCUUGAGUAGUGUGCGCACCCCUCGGCAAAGGAGGCCGUUCGUUUCCAAGGCCAGCUUGGCCUGGACUCUCGUGUGUAGGAUCUUCCAGUCAAGUCCUUCGUGAUUUCUCAUGGGCAGAGGUCCUGCGAGCAAACCGUUGGGCUUCCUGGCCAGAGAGGCGGGCUGCCUACAUCAGACAGUUGGGAGCCCCAAGGGGGAAGCUUUCUCCCUGGGAGGAGAGCAGCCUCUGCCCUCAGCCCUGCCCUUGCAGGAAGGAGCUGCCCACGAGAGGGUGGCUACAGCCAGGAGCAGGGACCGCUGUCUUCAGUAGCCUUCAGUUUGCCGAGCGGUGCUCUGCUCAGAGUUGACACCUGCCCCUUCAUGGAGCUCAACCUGUUCCUCCUCACAAACUAGGAAGGGGCUGGGGGGAAGGAAGGGUUUAGUGAAGGGCUAGGCCCCCUCCCCACACAACAGACAGGAGGGGGAGGCUGGCCCUGUGCCUGUUUGGGGGUGUAGCUGGAUCUGGGACACACAGAUGUCUAUGUUCAGGCUAGUGAUGUGCAGGCAGUGUCCACUCAGGACCACCUCUCUUGAGGGAAGCCCACUGCAGCAAGACCCCUGGCUGGCGGCCUUUUGGGAUGCAGCAGGGCUGGCUGGAGCAGGGGUGGGCUGUUCCUAAAAGCUAGGUGGGCCCACCCUGAGCCUCAGCCACACUCCUCCUUCCAAGGACUUGCUGAACCUCUGUGGGAAGCUGGAAGGCUCAGAGGUGAGCAAGAGCAGGCCUCCGGUUCAGGGGCCUCACUGUGCUGCCUGACUGGAGACCGCCGACUAGCCCCGCCUAACUGCCUGGGAGUCUGAAGCCCAGGACCAGACUUGGCGCCUUGGCCUUGGCCUCACUUCCUCUAGACAGACCUUGCUCAGCCCCCAGCCUGGCCUCUCUCACUUUCAUGCCACCACACCGAAGAAAUUAAACACAUUGACUUUUAUUUGGAAAGUGAUGCUAGCCCUGCCUGGGGCUCCUAUACAAAAACAUAAUAACCCAACAUGAAGCUUCUGAAUCCAAACUGGGGUGCAGAGCUGGGGGUGGGAGGCAACCGGGGCUCAGCAACUGGACUGUGUGCCGGGGGAAGGCAGCCUGGAGGUCCCCACCAACGCCCCUGUGCCAGCUAUCCCUCAGCCUGGUACUGGCUGUCCCCUUGC